AUAUAUAUAUAUUCGACCGGGUGCAGUGCACCUUCUGUAUUUCAUAGAAUCAAAUCCGAAAGUAUAACUUGUAAAACAGGCCGAGAAUGUUUUCGAAAAACAACGUGCAUAAAGGAUAAUGUCAAAAAACCCGAGAGUAUCUAACUUUAGAAUUUUCAAUGACCAGGUAAGCAUGCGAUGGUCAACUCAGUAUUCCGUUAUUCUACACCAAUAUCAAAAAUAGGACCGACAAAUUCAAGGCAUGGAAACAGACGACGAUUGGGUGAAAUUUUUCCAAGCCGCAUUGGUUUGCAUUCAGGAAAGAAAUGACCCUGAAAAAGCUUUGAAGUUCUGCAGACAGCUGUACGAUUCUGGACGGGAGUAUUACUCCGGAUUGGAGAAUGAACGCGUUGCCUGGGAAAUAUACAACCAUUGCUUGUAUCUUCUAAAUGAGAGACAGGUCUGUGAUCCAUUCUUAAUGACCAAGUGCUUUUACAGAGUGAAACUUCUUUCCUCAAACAACGAGGAUCCCACCAAUGUCUGGUUACCAGUCUUGAACACUCCAAGUGUUUCUUUGGCGAGAAAACUCGGGUUACUGAGAGACAUACAAGAAAUAAUCGAUGAGUACUCGGAAGAAGAACACCCCAUUGUGUGGCACUGCACGAUGGAGUUGAGAAUUUCCUAUGAACAUCUACUGAGUCGCCAUAGCAGUCAGGAAGGGGCCACUGAACUUAUACAGAGAGAAUUCUUGAAAUUCUUUAUUCAUGGUGGCUGGAAACUCCUUCGCAAGAAUUUGGCUGAACUGGUGUGCAGAAUGUGCAUAAAAUUAAAUCAUAACUUUAGCGGGUAUCCAGAGUUUACAAAACUUCUGAUACUCUGGGCUCAUGCACUAGAAAAAGUUGGAAAACUAGACGUAGCCAUAAAAAAGGCACAGGAGGCGAACGACGAGGAACUAGUAUCAAGAUUACGGGGAAACCAAUGUUCACAAUGUGAAAGUGCACCAGAUGAAGAGUGGAUUAGAGAUACAGACGCUUAUGCUUUUGCUAAAUCUCAAGAACAGAGAAAAUGUGGCGAGCAACUAUCCAAGAAGAAAAAGUCAAGAAGCAGACCAAAACGAAGAAAUAAUGAUGACCAAAAUCCUACGGGUACUUUUGAUCCUUGGAGUGAGAAACAAAAGGUUGAAGACAUUCGUGGUGCAAUUACUAAUCCGAACCAUCAAAUCAAAAGUUGGAAAGACGUAACAGAGUUCGACUUGCCAGUUACAAAAUCCCGAAAUAAAAGACGCAGACGACAGAUAACACACGUAGAGCAGGAGUCCCAACAGCAUCAACAACAAAAGAAAAAACAAUCUAGACGGCGAUCACAAUCCAGUAAAACUGGUUCAGAAGUACAUGGUCAAGAUGAAUUUGAUCCGUUACCUCUUGAAAUGUCGAUGGAGUGCAAAUGGGAUUUCGAAUCAUCUGAUGAGGAAUAUUCAUCACAGGAUGAAAUAAAAAAGACCGAAGAAGAAUUCAUGAAUAAUUUUUAUGAAGAAUCAUGCAAAGUUUACAGCAGUGAGCACAAAAAUGAAAUUGUUGACGAAACGUUGUUAGUUCAUGGCCUUGAUUUAUCAGACAGAUUCAUAAAUAGCUUUGAGUUCAAAGAAAAGAAAUUUUAUGACGAAAUGUUAAGCGCCGAGGAAAGUCUGAAACGUUGUAAAGAGUCUCCACAAAAAUACAAACAUUGUAAGAUAGAGAUUAUCAACCCCCACAAAGCACUCUGCUUUAGCCUAGAUAAUCAUAUGGAAAUCGAAAUAUCAGGGCGGUGUAAAUGUGGAAAAGUCUUCAAUCAAGAUCAUGUUGUUGUUGAAAUUUUGAAACCUCACACGAAAAAAUCUAAUAUUCCAAUACAGUCUACUGACGAUGAGGACAAAACAUACGGGAGGGUCAUCGGCAUAACCAAGACGAAUCAAACUUUACCUAGAAAUCCUGUCCUCAUUUGUACACUUGACCAUACUGUAAUGCAUCUCGUGAAACCCGUGUGCAAAACAGUUCCGAAAAUCUAUGUCCUACAUAAAAACCGAAAGACAGAAUCUCAAAUCGAAAUCUAUAAGUAUAAUGCAAGAACAAAGGAUCUGGAAUUCCAUCAGCUUAAGAAUAUUGAUCAGUCAAAAAGAAAAGGAUACACCUUCCUUGUAUGUUUCAUCGCAUGGGGAGAUCUAUAUCCUCUCGGGGCUGUGAUUGGAGUGUAUGAUACAAAAUGUGAUAUGAAAUCUUCCUUACGACUGCUAUGUCUACGGAGUAAUGUAUCAGUAUUGUACAAAGAAAAUACAGUUCACAAGGUUGAAGAAAUCUUGGAGCGAAAGUCAUAUCUGAAUAUUGAUAAACAGAGAAAAGAUUUAUCGGAUUGUCUUCGUGUUUUCACAAUUGAUGAAAAGGAAUCAAUGGACUUGGAUGACGCGCUAAGUGUAAGAACAAUAUCAGAAAAUGAAUUUGAGAUCGGUGUUCAUAUCGCAGAUGUUGGAAGUGUCGUACAUAAAAAUGACCCUAUUGAUCUAGAAGCACAAAAGAGAUCAACGACAUUUUAUCCUGGGGAAAACAUCCCACCGUACCAUAUGCUUCCUGAACCAUUGGGAAAGAACAUUUGCAGUCUCCGUCCUGAUGCAAAACGAAAAGCUAUUUCAGUUUUUUACAAAAUGGAUAAAUCUGGGAAAGUCUUGAGACACAGGAUAGAAAGCACAUAUAUUCAGUCACAGCGACGAUUUACGUAUCACGAAGUUCAACAAAUAAUAUCGGGGACAACUAAAAAGGAUGACUUCAAACAGGAAUUGUGCGUUUUUCAUGAUAUUACCAAAUGCAUUCGUUCCAGACGCUUGAAAAAUAGAGUUCUUUCAUUUCCAUUCGAAUCAUCACAAAAUGAUUGUAGCAACUCGUAUUUUCAAUCCCUUGAUGCACAUGUCAUAGUGGAAGAAUGCAUGAUUCUUGCAAAUCAGACCAUGGGGCAAACUUUGAUUGAAAGAUUUCCAGAUUGUGUCCCUCUUCGCAUUCAAAGCAAACCAUCAUCUUCCAAAGUAAAUGAAUGGGUAGAGCAUUUCCCGGUCAUUGCAAAUUUUGUCCUCUCACUUCAAAACCAAAUUCUUCCGACAGGAAACACAUUGUCAUUUGACGAAGUUCCUGAUGAUCGAUUAUCACAACAACUGCCAAUACAAAAGCAUAUAUGGAACAAAAUGGUAUCAUCUUAUAAGGAAGGAAAUUUUAAGAAUAUACAAACGUUAGCAGGCACUGAUGAAUUUCAUCCAAAACAAGCAAUGGCCUAUGAAUCUUGGAUUUCAUUUCAGGAGACCUCCUCUUACCAAUGUUCUGGGUCACCUCAUGAAAAAUUGCAUUUCUCUUUAGGAAUGUACCCGUACGUUCAUUUUACAUCUCCUAUUCGGCGAUAUGCUGAUUUGAUCGUAAAUCGGCUAGUUCAUGCUCUCCUUGAAAAUACGGAAUCUCCAUAUUCUCAAAGAGAAGUUGAAAUGCUGUGUAAGAAUAUCAACGAAAGGCGACCAAGAGAAUUUGAAAGGCAGUGUCGGUUACUUCAUCUUGGAAGACAACUUCAAAAGCAGCCUUUGGUUUCACAUAGCCUGGUCAUGUCAGCGUCAGAAAAAUCCAUUUUCGUUUCUUUUCCCGGCAAAAGAGAACUAACAAGAACAUGCGGUGAAAUUCAGUAUCAUUUACUGAAGGUGAAGUCAAAACCAAUUUUAGAAGAGAAUGAUGAAAACGGAAUUUUGUCAGCUCUGUCAUGGCAACAGCGAUUGUAUUCAUCACUCGGGUUUUCUUCAGAUGCAUCAAAAUUCAAAAGAGGGCCAGUGAAUAUAAAUCCACACCAAAAAGUCAUUUUUGUUUCUUUUAGAAAAUGGAAAACAUUAUUAGACUCUCUCACCAGAGAUAACAUUAAUUCUUUGGAAGAUGACAAUGUCUUUGAACCUGAGGUUCUGCCCUUAGUUCGGGAGUGCCAAAAUACACAAAACGAUGCAAGCUCUGAAACGAUAGGUGGUGUCAUUGGAAAACAAUAUACCGAGUUCAAAUUGACCUUCAACAAAGCCCAAAUCCUUCCUCUUCAAAUUGGAGCUGAACAAAAGGAAGGAAUGUUGAUGCCUGUCAUUCAUCUUCUGGAAAUUACAAAGAACGUGAAGUGCUGCAUUCAGCACAUUUCUAACCCAGUGCGUUGUUUUGCAGCGUACGCCACAAAGCAUGCAGGCAACAGAAGGAUGGCAUUGCAUGAAUACAUUCAGAGAUGGCUGAAUAUAUUUAGAAUGGAAUCCGUGACCAACGCAACGAAAUCGAUAUCAAUAGUUAUAAACGAUUUACUCGUUCACUUUUCUGAUUCAGAUAUAUUUGAUGGAUUUUUCGUCCUACCUAAGACAUUCUGUCUGCAAAGAGAUAUAGAUUUCAACUGGCAAAAGGAAAAUGAAGAGGACAUUGUUUCUUACCAAGCAGAUCUGCUCUGUAUCCGGUGCGAGUUGGUGAAAGGAGUUCCAUCACAACGAAAUAAGGCAUGCUCACCAGACGAGCGAUGGAUAUGGGUCGGACAUGGUGAAACAAAGUUAUGUCAAAAGGGUAAAAUAAAAGGCGAUGUUAAAGUGCACUUCAAGCUACAUAAAAGUAGCACUAGACCAGUAUCUUCAAUGAUAGUGCCCAGCAGCCCAACAUGUACUGUUGAAAUUCUUCAGUUGUCCGACUCAGAUAGGCACAUUGAAAAUGCCUUUAAAGGAUUAGCAACAGCACACCUUGCAAAAUCAAUAGCUCUUCGAGAAAAGAUACCUGAUUUAGACGAAACCCAUCGGCGUUUGGCAAUUCAAUCAAAAUACGACACAAAGAACGAAAUUCUACAGCCAAACAACGAAAAGCAGUUAGAGGCUAUCAAGAAAGCUCUCUCAUCGAGAUUUACUCUCAUACAAGGGCCACCUGGGACAGGAAAGACUUUAACUGGAAUAAAGCUCAUAUUGUUAUUUAUGAAAAUCAAUCUGAAGUACCGACAGGACGGUGGAGACCACAAACAAGUUGUGUACUGUGGACCGUCUAACAAAUCUGUUGAUUUAGUAGCACGAUGGAUUAGAUCACACGUACCAGAUCUCUGUCCCAACAUGGCGAGAAUGUACGGAAGUUCCAUUGAAAGCACAAUAUACCCUAUACCAGGCAGAGAUUACCUAAACCAGAGUUCAUGCAAAGACAACCGACCAGAUCCGGAUUUAGCCAAUGUCUCCCUCCAUAACUUGAUACGUAAAAAAGGAAAACCAUUCGCAGAAAAAUUGUUGGGAUAUGAUAAAAUCUUUAAAGAAAAAGUAGAUGGCAUAUCUAAUGAUCCCGAGAAAAUUCUUGACUAUAAAAGGUUACUAAAUAUGGCCACACAACAGGAGUUAAAACAGUAUGAUGUAAUUUUCUGUACAACUGCCGUUGCAACUAACCCCAAAUUUCUUAAAAGUACAGAAGGAAAGAUCUUUCAGCUCAUUAUAGAUGAAGCAGGGAUGUGCACCGAGCCAGAAACUAUGGCGCCAAUUAUUGCUACUAAAGCGGAGCAAGUCGUUCUUAUCGGUGAUCACAAACAACUCCAACCAAUCAUCAUUUGUCAAGAGGCAGCAGAACUGGGAUUGUCGAGAUCGCUUUUUGAGCGCUAUGCUGACAAUGCUGUAUUUUUAGAAAUUCAGUACAGAAUGAAUCCAAAGAUUUGUGACUUUCCAUCAAAACAAUUUUACAAGGGAAAACUUAAAACUGGACCCAUCGGAAAAUGGACUUCCCCGGAACGGUUAAGAAUUUGGCGAACAGCGAACACUCCUCUUUUGUUUUGUCACGUGGAUGGAAAACAGGAAUCCUUAUCAGUUUCUACUGAAGAAGGAAAUCAACAGUCACGUAGCAAUAUGGCGGAAGUGAAUCACGUGGUAAAAGUGUAUGAAUUUCUGAUGUCUCAUGAAGGAAUGGAUACACAUCAAGUCAAAGUUAUGUCGCAGUACAACGCACAGUGUUUCGUGAUACGACAGGCACUUACAAAGAAAAGUUUUAUUAAUUCCAAAGUGCACACUGUUGUGUCUAGUCAAGGUGGUGAGUGGGAUUAUGUGAUAUUCAGCACAGUUAUAUCACUCCCAUGGUACAGAAUAGAAACCAAUCCAACUUUAGGAUGGCGCAAACACAAUCUAGGAUUUAUUGCGGACCAACACCAGAUCAACGUGGCACUCACCCGUGCAAGAAAGGGCAUCAUUAUUAUAGGAAAUAAGAACUUGCUUGCAUGUGACCCUGUUUGGCGAGCUCUGUUAAAACACUACUCUGGAUUAGGUUGUGUAGUGGAUGCAGCGGCGCAAGACCUUACUCCAUUGAAGAGACAAAGAAGGAAUUAGAAAUAAUUCAAAACAGGAUUAUUUUGUACGAAUGAUUCGUCCACAUUUAAUCACACAGAUCUUAUUAUGAACUAAUGACAGUAAUAUAAAGUACCACGAUGAUACAGCAUUACAAAUGUUCGGAAGCAAAGGGAAGUCAAUCUAAACUACGAAAUGCGUAGCUCUAGUUGCUUUGUAGAUUAUGUACAAAUCAUAAUGGAAAUGUGAUAAUUAUGACUGUGUUUUAUGUACCUUUAUUGUGAUGUCGCGGUCCGGAAUUUUACCGCUCCGGUUUGUGUACUAGUGUUUUAGUGUAUACUUCCGUGACGCUGUAGCAUGCUUUAUGUCUCUGUAAAUUUUGGGUAUUUGGGCCUCCUUAAGGAGUAAGUUUGCUUAAAUAUCUUUGCAAACAAUAACUUUACAAUGUUAUGGAUGCUUUUCUAUAGGUAUGAUUAUGUGUAAUCGUUUUCUGACUCUUCAUGGUUUAUUUUCAAUAAUGUGACCUAUUUUCACUCGAAACGUUUGUCAUACGUUUACCAUACGUUUGUAAUACGUAUAGAGCCAUGACUGGUUAAAUAGUUUUUUAUUGUGUUCACGUUUUCGCCAACAUUUUGAUGAAGUUGAUCAGUGUUUUAUGAUUGUUUCUUAUUUGUUUUAUAGUUUUUUACCCUCGUCUCAUGAGGAAAGUCCCGAAUAAAGAAUAUAUAUGGAGUUCCA